AUGGAUUCGUGGCAGUUCGAGUACAGUUCGGCCGAUAUCCAGGAUACGUCGGACUGGACUGUGGGCCAGUUUCCGGGCGAUGAUUCUUGGUCCUCCUUUUCUGCACACGAACCUGCGAGCGCAGACAAGAGCAACGGACACACCGCUUUCCCGCUCAUGCCGGACGUGCCCAAGACCAACUUGGCUACCACUGCUACCACUGCUACCAGUCUUCAGAGUUCCUGCAGCGUUGCUCAGUACAUCAAUAGCCUUCCGCCGCACAAGCGCGCCAAGGCAAAAGCCAUGCAAGAGGCGGCCGACUCAUUCAAGGCCGACUCGCACGAGAUGCUCUCCCAAGACAGCGAGAGAUUUGCCACGGACAAUUUGCCCGAGGAUAUGCAGGAGGAGCAAGAGACGGACAUGAUGAAGACCCCCGACGUCGCCGCCCCUGUCUCAGAUGCCCCCAAGCCCACCUUUGUGAGCCCCAAGCGGUGGAUCAUCACGAACGAGGAAACCAUCCGUCUCAGCGACGGCAGGACCAUUUCCAGCACGCAUCUUAGUCUUGUUGACUACGACGACCCCCGCGUGGAACUGUGCCGUCCGGACGAGAGCAAAGUCGUGUACGUCUCAAGCCCGUUCGACAACGCCUCUCUGCCCCCUGCGCGCAAGGAGUGGUUCGUGCCGUCGCCUGCCCUAAUCGCCGAUGCCAGCCCCCAGGUUAUGGACCUUGCCCUUCCCGAGGCGGACAAUCCAGGCGCGACAGGCCCCAUGGAAAUGAACGGCAGCACCAACUCAAGUGGUAGCGGUGAUGCUGCGGCGCCUGCCUCUGGUGGCAGCCCUGACGAUACGAACGUGCCCCAACCCCCGGAGCAGGAUGGGCUCUCCUCGCCCACAUUUGACAAGAAUGAACCCGGCAUCUCAUCGCCCAAGUGGGACAAUCAGGGUUCCUGGACCGGACAGCCCGAAAAGUCCUGGGAAUGGAACGACAGUGUUACCGCCAUGCCCGAAAAGGUUGACUUGGAGCAGCCCGAGCACCAUCACCAUCUCGUUGCCUCGGACGAGGCCUACAGCAACGACAAAGCAAAGGUCGAUGAUUCGGCCCGGAACGAAUUUGCCUCUGUGGACACGUCACCCGCAACAGUUCCCCCGACGCCUUUUUCCCCGACACCUGACGUCGAAGCGGAAGCGGCCGCUGGCAAGAAAUCGACCCCUGCGCCUACCGACGACGCCGCGCAGAAGGACGCUCAAAAGGACACUCAAAAUGCUGCGCAGCACACCGGCACUUCCACAAACAACACUGGACUCGUCACAAAGUCGAAUACUAUGACUCACCAGUCUCUGGCCGUCACCGAGGUUGACAACCCGACCCUCAUGGACACACCGAUCAUUGAUACCGGUGGUCCUGACACGCCCCUGAUGCCAGCAAUGAUCCCAGAGUUGGUCAACGUCCUACCGCCACCUGGACGUGCAAAGUCGGUGAGCAGCUCGUCGUCUGUGGAGACGGCCGUCGAGAGCCUGCAUACCUCUGUGGGCAGUGGCGAGUCGGCUCUGGCUCCGCCCGAGAAGGCCCUGGCGUCUAAUGCCUACUUCGUCAGCCGCUGGGCCGAAUCUUUGGCCAAGUAUGGGCCGACCGACUGGCAUGGGUACUAUUUUACCGUCGAAGACCCCGCUGCUGUCACCACACCCCGGGCCAUUACGGCCAUGAAACGCGGAAGCGCAAAGCAGGACGGCGCCAACCACUUCGCGCCCAGCUUGCUCGAAGAGCGCGCCCACUCCCAUGUUCCCGCCGGCGACGACCACACCGAACUGAGUGCCGACCGCUACCGCCUUCCGACCCUUCGCGCCUUUGGCAAGCGUGCCGUGCCUGGCUUUGUCGACUGCAAGCUGCGCCUGGGCGCAUUCCGCUUCCAGCACGACGACUCCGGACCCGCGGAGCCGACCGGGCCCUUGCAGAACCUGCGGAUGACGAUCCUGUGCAACUUUGCCCGGCAGUGCCGCGAGGCCUUGCACACGGCCACGGCCGAGGGGCCUUUGACCAUCAACAAGAAGGACGAAGGCGGCGACGUCAUUGUCCUGCCCCUGGCGCCCGUCGACCCCGACACGCUCCGCGUCUGCCGCCGCUGCGGACGGGCCCAGGAGUUUGUCAUGCGCUCGCAGCACGGCCGUCUGUUCCUGGAGACGGUGCUCCGGCCGCUGUCGGAGGCCUACACCUACGCCGACAUGGUGGCCCACGUCAACACCUGCGUCAUUGAGCGCAUCUACUCCGAGGGCGGCAUGGGCCCGUCGUCCAAGGUGCCCACCGGCACGCUCUGGCAGGACAUCAAGGCGAUGCCCAUCUACCACGACUACCAGGGCGCGCUGAUCCUGGCGGCGCACAAGCGCCGCGUGAUGCGCGAGCUGCCCAUUGACACGGACACCUACGGUUUUUUGUUUGGGCGCAAGGACCGGCAGUAA